UGUGUAGUCGAACCCAGAUGUUCCUGCUGCUUCUGUUGACGUGGUGACGGUGACUGCUGGGUAGAAAUCUCCAGAUAUUCAUGAGUAAAAGUUAGUGAAACAGUGCUGUUGAAAGCGAGCAGCCAUGCUGGACUUUGCCAUCUUUGCUGUCACCUUUGUCAUCAUUUUAGUCGGCGCUGUUCUCUACUUGUACCCGUCAUCCAGAAGAGCCUCUGGCAUCCCAGGUCUCAACCCUACAGAUGAGAAGGAUGGGAACCUGCAGGACAUCGUGAACAGAGGCAGUCUGCACGAGUUCCUCGUCAGUCUGCACCAGGAGUUUGGUUCUGUGGCAUCAUUUUGGUUCGGCCGUCGGCCUGUGGUCAGCCUGGGCUCUGUGGAGCAGCUACGGCAACACAUCAACCCCAACCACACCACCGACUCCUUUGAGACGAUGCUGAAGUCGUUGCUAGGUUACCAGUCAGGGAUGGGAGGCGGAGCCAAUGAGACGGUGAUCAGGAAAAAGGUGUAUGAAAGUGCCAUCAACAACACGCUGAAGAACAACUUCCCUCUUGUGCUCAAGCUGGUGGAGGAGCUGGUUGGGAAGUGGAAGUCGUUCCCAGAGGCUCAGCACACCCCACUGUGUGCCCACCUGCUGGGUCUGGCCAUGAAGACCGUCACCCAGCUGGCUUUGGGUGAGCGCUUCAGAGACGACACGGAGGUCAUUUCCUUCCGCAAGAACCAUGACGCGAUCUGGUCAGAAAUUGGAAAAGGCUACCUGGACGGUUCCCUGGAGAAGAGCUGCAGCAGAAAAGGCCAUUAUGACGAAGCUCUGUCAGAGAUGGAGUCUGUGCUGCUGACAGUGGCAAAGGAAAGAAAAGCCCAGAGGAAGCAGACGGUGUUUGUCGACUCCCUGCUUCAGUCCAGCCUCACGGAGCGACAGAUUAUGGAGGACUGCAUGGUUUUCACAUUGGCUGGAUGCGUCAUCACUGCCAACUUGUGUAUCUGGGCACUUCACUUCCUGUCUACCUCGGAGGACGUUCAGGAAAAGUUGUACCAGGAGCUGGAGGACGUUCUGGGUUCAGAUCCAGUUUCCCUGGACAAGAUCCCUCAGCUUAGAUACUGCCAGCAGGUCCUCAACGAGACGGUGAGGACUGCCAAGCUGACCCCCGUCGCGGCUCGGCUUCAGGAAGUGGAGGGCAAAGUCGAUCAACACGUCAUCCCCAAAGAGACUUUGGUGAUCUACGCUUUGGGAGUGGUCCUGCAAGACUCUGACACCUGGUCCACUCCGUACAGGUUUGACCCAGAUCGAUUUGAGGAGGAAUCAGCCAGGAAGAGCUUCUGUCUGCUCGGCUUCUCUGGGAAUCAAACGUGCCCAGAGCUCAGGUUUGCCUACACCGUAGCUACAGUCCUGCUCAGCACGCUGGUGCGACAGCUGAAGCUCCACAAGUUGAAAGGACAAGUCAUGGAGGUCAGAUCCGAGCUGGUAUCCACGCCUAAGGAUGAGACCUGGAUCACCAUCAGCAGAAGAAGCUAGAACUGGUCCUUAAAACCACUGUGAGGCAGAAGAGCUGAGGAGUCCUGUUUCAAAAAGGAAUUACCAGCAAAGUAUUGGUUGAAUGUUGAGAUGAGCAUCAUUUUUUCAGCCUGUGACUCAUCUCUCCUGUCUUUUUAAAAAACUUUUUGGAAUUAAACAGUUAAUUUGAAUCAUUCCUGAAGAUUUUUUUCUGAUGUGCAGAAUUUAUUUAAGCACAUUCAGUGUGUUUAUUACACCCAAGCUGCACCACCACUCUGAUCCCCUGCUUGUCUUUCCAGUGCUUAUUCAGCUGAAGCUUAUUAAUACCUAGUCUGUCCACAGGUCAAAUUUGUGCUUGUUAAAGAAGAAAAACUCUCUAGAACAUAGAGGAAAAACAACCUGUGCCACCAGAAGUUUUCUAUAAUUCCUAGAACAACUGCCUUGAGUGAGAGUCUCCAAUGACAUGUGGUUUGUUUGUCGAAAACAGGCCACAUGCUGCUUAGACAUUUCAUUCCUUUUUGUAAAGACAUCGUACAUAUGAUUAAAUAUGUAUGAAGAGUU